AUGAAUCGUCUUCAAACCUUCUCAUGUCGCGAGAAUUUGGUCGCAGAACCCUCCCCUAGGCCGAAACCCUUUUCGAGCUGUUCGCAGCCUUGCUCGCAAGCCCUCUGCGUCGUCGAACCCCUUCGCCAAAUUGCUUGCAAGCCCUUUGCGUUGCUGAACUCCUUUGCUGAAUUCGUAACUGAAGAAGAGCUUGCAGCACUCUUUGCGGAUUGUGGGCAGGUUGUUGAUUGUCGCAUAUGCGGCGAUCCUAACUCUGUUCUUCGAUUCGCUUUUGUAGAGUUCACCGAUGAAGAAGGUGCAAAUGCUGCCCUAAGCAUGUCAAGGACAUUGCUUGGGUUUUACCCAGUAAGAGUGCUCCCUUCAAAAACCGCAAUCGCACCUGUCGACCCUAAAUUCUUGCCAAGGUCUGAAGAUGAGCGUGAAAUGUGCACAAGGACCACG